CUUCUCUUCUCUUUCUCAGGAGUUAUAUAGAAGCGAGGUUGGAGCUUUUUGGAUAGAGAGAGCUAGAGAGAGAAGAGGGGGAAUGGCGAAGCUCUACGUGCAGGCGGUGCCGCCGGCGGAUCUGAACAAGAACACGGAGUGGUUCAUGUAUCCGGGGGUGUGGACCACUUACAUCCUUAUCCUCUUCUUCUCCUGGCUCCUCGUACUCUCUGUCUUCGGUUGUACCCCUGGAAUGGCGUGGACCGUUGUCAACCUCUUCCAUUUCGCUGUUACUUAUCUCUUCUUCCACUGGAAGAAGGGAACUCCUUUUGCUGAAGACCAGGGUAUGUACAAUUCUUUGACUUGGUGGGAGCAGAUGGACAAUGGCAAGCAACUGACACGUAACAGAAAAUUUUUGACUGUUGUACCUGUGGUCCUGUACUUGCUAGCCUCCCACACAACUGAUUACCAAAAUCCAAUGCUUUUCCUCAAUACACUUGCAGUAAUGGUGCUGGUAGUUGCCAAAUUCCCAAACAUGCACAAAGUCCGCAUCUUUGGAAUCAAUGCAGAUCAUUGAGCAGCAUUGCACAUGAAAGAUAUCUUACCUGAUAUCUCUUUUGGUUGAUAAAACGAUCCUUGUACGAUAUAUUGUCAGACAGCAUCCAGUUCUGCAUCAUCAUAGUAAGUCUCAGUAGAUGUUCUUGUUAUCCCUGUACAAAAUUGUCAGAAAAUAAGAAAUUGUAUUUGUGCUACUCUUAAUAUUUUUAAGCUAUUUGUAGACUCUAUGUUAUGUUUCAUCCAUCUGAUUACGGCAAUCAGUGAAAUCUUCCUCUUCUUUGUAGGCAA